UAAAUCACUAUUUUCCUUAACUAAAUCUCACAGCUCAUAACUCAAAAAAAUGUCUAAGGCUGCACAAAUAGUAAAGGUCCGUACUAGCGAUGGCAUCGACUUUGAUGUGAGCCUUCAAGUGGCCGAGCAAAUUGGAUUGAUUCAGAGCUGGCUGCAACAGGAGAGAAAUGAGAACAAUUUGCCAAGCUGUGAUGACACUGAUGAUGGCAAUAUUAUAUUUCUCGAUCGAGUCACAUCGGGCAUAUUCGAGCUGGUGCUUAAGUGGUGUAGGCAACUCAUUGAAGUACCCAUGCCCAUGUUGGGAUGGAAGCAUAACGAUGACAAGAAUAAUUUAUUUCAGACCAUCCUCAACCAGGAGAAUGCCGACGAUUCCACCAUGUUCGAACUGAUUAUUGCAGCUGAUUUCCUCAAUAUCGAAAGUCUAUUACAUGCAGGAACCAAUUAUGUUGCCGGACUGAUCGCAACUUGCAACAGCGUUGAGGCAAUUAGAAAACGUUUCCAUGUUGUCGUUCAUGGGGACUUUGAGGAGGAAUGAGCAAAAAUCAUAGAAAUUAAAUUAACCGAAAACGUAUUAAACUUAUAAUGCCUGUAAUGACAUUUUUGCUUUUU